GUGGCCUAAUGGAUAAGGCACUGGCCUCCUAAGCCAGGGAUUGUGGGUUCGAGUCCCAUCUGGGGUGAACUUGUUUUUCUUACUUCGAUGUCUGUCGGUGUUUAUGCAGUGUGUGUCAGUCGCGUCUUAUAAACGUAGUUUCACGUUAUCUCGUGUGUAUCCGUGAGGAUUUAUUCAUGUCGUUUUGUCACAAGGAAGCUCUUUGCUGACACACUCCCCACUUUAUUUUCAGUUUCUGCGCUGCGCGUGACUAAACGUCGACACAAACAUGAAGAACAGCAGCGUUUGUGUUUUAAUUCUCGCCUGUGUUGCUGCAUCAGCGAGAAGCGACAAGCUGCUGAAGGCCACAGCAUACUGGGACUCGACCCAUAAGGCCGUUCUGCUGAAGGAGGGUGUCCUGGACCCGCAGGGCGACGCGUACGGUUACUAUAAUGACACGCUGACGUCGACGGGAUGGGGCGUGCUGGAGAUCCGCGCCGGAUACGGACAGACGGCGGAGCCGGACGACGUCACCAUGUUCAUAGCAGGAUAUCUGGAGGGUUUCCUCACCGCGUCGCAGAUUUUCGAUCAUUACACCAACAUGUAUCCGCAGCUGAUCCAGAAUCCCAAAACACUGGUGGCUGUGAAGCGCUUCAUGGCUAAGCAGGACGAUUGGUCUCGGCGUCAGGUGAAGCGUAACACCACUGAUCCUCUGUGGAUUCACACGGGUCUGAUUCUGGCGCAGCUGGACGGACUGCAGGCCGGAGUCACCGACUGGGCCAAACAACACGGGAGGACGCCUCUGUCCCAGUUUGCCAUUCAGUUCCUGAAUGCGGUCGGUGAUCUGCUGGAUCUGAUCCCAGCGCUGGUUCCCGGCAGGACGUCCGGCUUUAAGCAGUAUAAAGCUCCUCCGAUGGGACACUGCUCUGCGCUCAUAAAGAUGUUGCCCGGCUUUGAGAACCUGUUGUUCGCUCACUCCAGCUGGUACACAUACGCCGCCACCAUUCGCAUCUACAAACACUGGGACUUCAGACUGAACGAGCCGCAUACAGCCACCGGAAGACUCUCCUUCAGCAGCUACCCUGGGUUUCUGGUGUCUCUGGAUGAUUUCUAUCUGCUGGGCAGCAGUCUAAUGAUGACUCAGACCACCAAUAACGUCUUCAACACCUCGCUGUACUCCUACAUCACUCCUGCCAGCCUGUUCUCCUGGCAGAGGGUUCGACUGGCACACGCACUGGCAAACACUGGAGAGCAGUGGGCCAAAACCUUCUCCAGAUACAACUCUGGGACGUAUAAUAACCAGUAUAUGGUUGUGGAUGUGAGUAAAGUGCAUCUGGGCAACAGUCUGGAGGAUGGAGCGCUGACUGUAGUCGAGCAGAUCCCGGGACUGGUGGAGUAUUCAGACCAGACACAGGCGCUGCGCAGAGGUUACUGGCCAUCCUACAAUGUGCCAUUCCACCGUAAGAUCUAUGAUCUGAGUGGUUACAAGGAGAUGUGGAAGGAGUACGGCGAGGAUUUUUCCUACGACCUUUGCCCUCGUGCCAAGAUCUUCCGCCGUGACCAGUCUUCCGUCAGUGACCUGAACUCCCUUAAACACAUCAUGAGAUACAACGACUAUAAGAGUGACCCAUACUCGCAGGGCGACCCGUGUAAGUCCAUCUGCUGUCGCAAUGACCUGCAGGAGCAUCAAGCCAGUCCCGAUGGAUGUUAUGACACCAAGGUAACAGAUCUGCACAUGGCUCAGGAGUUCGUGGCGGAGGCGGUGAAUGGCCCGACCACAGACGGAGGGCUUCCCGUCUUCUCCUGGGAGGCGUUCAACAGCACGUCCCAUCAGGGUCUUCCUCCGAAAUACAACUUCAGCUUCGUCCUGAUGCAGCCGCAGCUCUUCCGCCCCUGAGGAUCAUGGGAUUUCACAUCUGUUCUGCUUUUUGAACUGAUUCUCUGUUCGCCGUCUGAUGCUAAAAUCUGUCGAAUUGCUGUUUAUUUUGAGCCAUAAAAUCAACACUAAACUCUACAGCUGCUAUUUGACAAUCAGUCCAGGACUGUUUACGUCUCUUUUGAUUGAUAGAUUGAGUAAAUCCUAAUGUUUUAGGGAAAAAAACCCUACAUGCAUUGGUAAAUCAUAAUUGACAUAAAUAAUAAUUGACACAAAAACUUGAAAUUAUGAUAUAUGCAAGUCAAAAUUACGAUGUA